CCGGGCACGCCUCCGGCGGCCACUAGCGGUGCCGGAUGAACCGCGGCGGCAGAGCAGCAUGGGGUUCGGCGGCGGUGAUGGUGUGUGCGCGUUGUGGCGCCGGGCCGAGGGCCCCGAGGAGCGGCGGCUGCUGGAGCUCUUCUCCUACGGGCUGAUGGCGCUGGGUGCCGCCUCCGCCCUGCUGCUCUGCUUCAUCCCCAUGCCCUACGGCCGGUACUCCUCGCGGCGCUUCGGCUGGCUGCUGCCCGCCCGCCCCGCCUGGGCGCUGCAGGAGCUGCCCUCCCUCCUCGUCCCGCUCGGGCUCGCCGCCUGCGGCGGGGCAGUCGCGGCCGCCCGGCCCAACCGCGUCCUGCUGGGCUGCUUCCUCCUGCACUACGCGCACAGGGCACUCAUCUUUCCUCUUCUGAUCCGUGAAGGAAAACCAACACCGUUUUUCACUUUUGUGUUAGCGCUUCUCUUCUGUGUUUUCAAUGGAUACUUGCAGGGCCGAAGCUUAACCACCUAUGCAACUUACCCUCCAGGCUGGUUGGGCGAUUUACGCUUCAUUACAGGUUUCUUAGGGUGGUUGAUUGGCAUGGCCAUCAAUAUUCAUUCUGAUCAUAUUCUCAGGAAUCUGAGAAAACCAGGGGAAACAGGUUACAAGAUACCAAGAGGAGGAAUGUUUGAGUAUGUCAGUGGAGCCAACUUUUUUGGAGAGAUCCUGGAAUGGUUUGGGUUUGCCCUUGCCUGCUGCACCAUUGAAAGCCUUGCAUUUGCAUUGUGUACUCUCUUCAUCCUGGGUUCAAGGGCAAGACAACACCACAAAUGGUACCUUGAGAAAUUUGAAGACUAUCCAAAGGACAGAAAAAUUGUCAUCCCAUUUUUGUACUGAGCUGUGCUUUUAACACUUUGAGACGUAUGCUUUAAGUAACAGCCAACAUUUUACAGAUGCUGGCAGGUUAGCAACAUACUCUGCUCAUCACUGUGACAAAGCCUUUCCAUCAGUGCUGCUAUUACUUACUGCUUUUUCCUCUUAAUGGUAACCCAGAAUCUGAUGGACAGGGUGAAUAGGAACAGAAAUGCUUUUCCAGCAAUGAAGCACCUUCAUAAAUGCAUUAGGCAAUGAGUCUGAAUUGGCAUCGUGGGAAGUACUGUGCACGACUUCUGAUGCUUCUUUUUCUGCCUGUGAGGGCUUCUGCUGCUUCCACUCAAUGUAGCCAUGCUGCCCUAAGGAUUGUGCUGUGAGCUCAGCCACCCUCACUGCAGUCUGGAUGGUGUGUUCUGGCUACACAUACAAACAGGGUUGAUUUUAAUUUUUUUCCUUGCCAUACUAAUCCUUUCGAUUCCCCCUACCUGCAUGUCCAGAAGAGCUGGUGAUGCAGACCAAGGAAUUAGAUAAAUAUAGUUGUUUUUAGAUGAGAGGCAGUGUUUUUCCUUCUCUUUGCACUCUUACAAAUAUAGGGAUGCGGUAUGGACAAUAUUUAAUGAUAUUUACAUAAAAUUUGUACUGCUAAUAGAUUCAUAUUUUCAUCUACCUCUUAAAAUUGAUAGCUAUCUCAAUAUGCAAUAUGUGUCUUCUCACUCUAAACUGGUUUUGGAAGUCUUAGGAUACUUAGGCUGAUGUAGCAUUGUUAACAAUUGUGUAAUGUUUUCUAACUUACUUUAUAAAAAAACCUUGAGAUUUU